GGCUUGGCGUGUUCUCUCGUUGUUAUACGGGAUGAACAUGCCGCCAGGCUUCGACAGGCUGCAGAUGGACGGCGGGGCGGCUUCUGAUCGAUCGCCUUCGACCCUUUCCUCGCCGCCCAGCACCCCGCAAAAUCACGACACUAUUCGCGUUGCGCACCCUGCUCCUUCGCAUGCUGGUCCGCUUUCUGGAGAAGGUGUAGCAUAUUCGGCGGGAGUAUCCGCACAUGCAUCAAAUGUCUCGAACACCGGCACACAUGCACACAAUGGCCAAGCACUUCAGCCUGCUGCUGCUCUGAACAAUGGUAGUACUUCGGAAAAGCCUAAGAGGCAGCGCAAGAAGAAAGAAGUCGGCCCUGACGGAAAGCCUGUCGACGAUGGCAAGCCGAAGGAGAGGAAGCCUCGCAAGCCUAGGGAGCCGAAGGACAAAACUGCUUCCAACGCUUCGCCUGCAACCGGCCCCCGCAAGAAGCAGAAGCUCGACGACAAGAUCACACAUGACAUCGUCGCUUCUUCGCGCCAGCCGACCCUUACGGAGAUGGUCAACGGCUUUCAACAGCCUAAUCCACCCGUGAACACUCCGUCGAUACCGCCGCAAAUACAACAUAGGACGAGCCUGCCACCACCCUUAUCAAAUCCUCCCACAACACGACCAACUUCAAGCGGCCAGAACUAUGAUCCAGUGCGCGGCUACGACCCCGUGCGUGCUGCUACGAUGGAAGCAGCGCAGCAGCAACAGCGGCAAGCGCAUCGAAACGCCAGCAUUUCGAACGGCCCACCAUUGACGCAUCUGUCUUCAACCAUGAACCGUGCGUCAGCAUCGCCCUCGAUUGCGAGCCUGAUCGACCCGCCUUCAGCCAACUUCCUCUCGACAGCCCAGCUUCCACCGACCUACUCGCCACAAACAAACAUGCAGCAACCGCCACCCUUUGUCCCGUCACAACCACAAUCACCUACUCCGAAGUAUCUCCCGCCUGCUGUUGCACCUUCGUUUUCACAUCCUGCAAAGCCAAGGUCUCCGCCUCCACCUUCUCCACCAAUGGUGCAAGCCGCAGUGCCUGCCAGCUUAGAUGGCGCGAUGGAUGUCGAUCUCGUCUGUGAUGUCACAAAGCCGGAGGUUGAGGAGGUGAAGGUGGCGCCCUCCAAAUCAUCAUCAUCAGCGCCAACACCGAAAGCGGCGCGGCCAACGCCGCCUCCCGCACCCAAAGGAACUGGUAGCGGCCUCCUGUCGAAGUCCAAUUUGUUCGGUGGUCCAUCCGAAGGCGACACGACGGAGUCUCCAGGCGUCACCAUCGAUUUUCGCAUCACGCUUGAUACAAAAGGAGGCAAUACCAUCAACAUAGCACAGGAGAUUGCGAAACGAUAUGGCCACGACGCUCUAAAUCCACGCGCGGCAGCGCACCGUGACCAAAUGCGCAAAUUGCUAUCAGCCUCAAACCAGCAAGAUGGCGGGAGCGCUGACGAUAUGUCGGUGGAUCUUGUGUCUGAAGCGGGCGAUGACAGCAAUGUGGAGAUGGGUGGCAUGGACGACGAGAAAAGCGGCACUGGCGCCGACAAGCCGGUCAGGAAGCGAAGGAAGAAGAUCGAGGAAUACGACAAGGAAGAUGACUUCAUUGACGAUACGGAGCUUGCAUGGCAAGAGCAAGCCGCCGUGGCCAAGGAUGGCUUCUUCGUGUACUCCGGACCUUUGGUUCCGGAAGGCACGACAGCGAACGUGGAGUCUGCUGCACCAUCUGGUCGUGGCAGGGGCCGAGGUCGUGGGUCUCGUGGCGGUAGAGCCGCAGGCGCGGCAGCAGGGACGACGCAUGCUAGUCUCGCAGCCGAGAAGGCCAACAAAGAUGCUGCUGCUUCACCGGUCGGGCAAGCUAAGAGAGCCCGCGCGCGUCGCGCGACCGGUGCGCCCAGGAAGCCGCGGGCUACCAAGGCUGUGGUAGAGGCUGACAGGGAGAUGAAGAAGACUGAACUGGAAGAAAGACGGAUGCGCCAGCAACAGCAGACUCCACUGCAGAAUAUGCCACCGAGAGCAGGCGGACUCAAUGGUGCCUCAAUGCCGUUGCUGCCGAUAGCAUCGUCUAUGAGUGCAUCGACAGCGACUCCGCAGCACGGUCAUGGUGGGCCGCAAGGGACUCCGGCUUAG